AUGCACGCCAAACCGGCCGUAAAAGGCUCCAGAAAGAGGGCCCUAGAACCCGCAGUGCUGCAGAAAGACGAUGGCUUUCUUUCCAGCGCCGGAGACGAGCUCUUGCCGCCCCAAUCGGGCGAAAACAUCGUCGAGGAAGACAAGGUCAAACAGUUCCUUGCCAGGAUGAAAUUCGACGAAGAUGACGCUGCCGCAUGCGUGAAAGUCGUCAUGUGCGACUCGGAGAUUGCAAAUUUCACUGUCCAGACGCAAGAAUUGCUCGCUGAGCUCUUCUCAGUGUCAAUCUCAAUAUCCGACCAGAAAUCGCUCUGUGUGGACCGGAUCGUCUCCGUUUAUGGCCCAAUGGCAGGCUGCGUGCGGUGCGUCAUCUACAUUGCCUUUUUGUUGAACUCGCAGAUCAACAAUGUGGUCAAACGGGACGCUUUUACGCUAAAACUGACCAACUACCGUGUGGACGUCCUAGUGGAGGCCGAAGAGCCAAAAUUGAAGAGAACGCUCCAGAAACAUCCACGAUCGGACUGGGCAUCCUUCCACAACAACCCGCAGUUGUAUCUCGUAGCGCUUCGUGGAGACUUCUCUCUGCUAAAAACUGCGUUGUGCACCACCUACACCAACCAUGCUUACGCGAAAUACUCAUCGGAUGACGCAGUUGAGUUUCUCUCGGUGAUAAGAACGCACGAUGCAGAUUUUAUGCAUCCACAACAACCCCUUGGCUGGAACAAGGAGGCCAUUAGAGCUCUAAUCAAUCGGAAGUCGUGA